AUGCGAAGAGCACUAAACGAGCGCUCAGAUAUCGGUGCAGGGGUAGUCGACUCCACCAAGUUCUAUGAUAUCGACAAAAGCCACACCUGUCAGGUUUCCUUAUCAGCAGCUAACAGCUCUUCUGGUACCAAACGACAUAUCUUCCGUGUGUCUGAGUCUACACUACGUCAUGCAUCAUCCGUUCUAGCCAGAAUGGUUGAUCCUUCUUCACCCUGGAAAAAGGACAACGAUGAACACGGUAACCUUACCAUUCUCUUACACGACGAUGAUCCAGAAGCGUUAGAGAUUUUAUUCAGACUUAUGCAUUUCCAAAAGGAGCGUAUUCCGAAACGUCUGGGACUGAAGAAGAUAUUUCAUUUAGCUCUCGUAUGUGAUAAAUACGACUGUGUCGAUGUUGCGAAGCCCCUGAUCAAUGAAUUUGCGGUUGAUCUUAAGGAAGCUGAAAGUCAAGCUUUUUGGAAUGGGUUUUAUCAGUAUUCGUUUGAAUAUCAACCUGAGAAUGAGGAAGAUGUUGGAGAGGAAGAGGAAGAGAGUGGGAAUGGACUUCAUGGUGGUGAUAAACCGGCUAUUGCGAAGAUGUUACUUUAUGUUUCGUUUGUGUUUAACCUUAAGAAGGUUUUUCCACGGGCUUAUCGGACUUAUUUGAUGAUCUGGAAGCCGAAAGUGAAGUCUAAAGAUGACGAUGAGGUCGUUGAAGGGCCAACUUGUCUUCCGGAUCGAUUAUAUAUCCACUUCAUGGCCGAAUGGGAAGAAAAACGUACAGGUCUGGUCAAAUCCGUCAACGACCGAAUCAAAGGCUACACCUUCGGUCUCGUCUACAGCAACCCAAGCCGAUGCAAAAAAUUCAACGACUGCACGAUCUGUGAUAUCGCACUAUACGGCUCAUUCAUCCGUCGUUUACACUACAAAGGGAUCUUCCCAGUCAAAGAAAAAAGUGAUGCAUUAUCAUUAUACGAACUUAGCGAACGGAUUAAAGCCAUUGAGAUAGGACAUUAUUGGGAUGAAAUUAGGUCUGUAAGGGUCCCUCAUAAUCAAUGUCUGAGGGCUUUUAUGAAGGAGCUUGUGGGGAGUGUUGGGACUGCGAUUGAAGGUAAGAAAGUGGAGUUGGAGGGGUUUAAGGCGUCUUUGGGGACGAAGAGGAAGCUGUGCGUUCUUAAGGAGGACGAGGAGCUGGAUGAUGAUCAGAUUAAAAAGGAUUAA